UUUUGAUCUGCUCCAUCGUUACAACCCCGACCGUGCAAUAGUGUGCGCACUACAACUCAACUUCAGCAAGCCAUUCACUCUUUGCAAUCCAAGAUGGCGAACGUCGAUGAUGAGCUCUUGGCCCUUGCUGGUGGCGACCUGGGCGGCGGCGGCGGUCUAUCUGAUCGCAAGAAGGACAAGAAGAGGCAGCCAGCUGCGGACUCGGACAUGGACGAAGGGAGCAGCGAUGAGGACGGACAGGCGGAUGCAGCUGGAUCAGACAUGGAUGAAGGCGUUAGUGACGGCGAAGAGGUGGAUGUGGAUCCGUUUCCAUACAGAGGUAUUUAUAAGAAUGAGGACGACCAAAAAUACAUCGAGUCCCUCCCUGAGCUAGAAAGAGAGGAAAUUCUAGCAAGUCGCCGAGAUGAAAAGUCCAAGCGGGAGCAGAAGCGCUCGCUUUUGGCAAUGUACCAAAAUCAGCAGUCUACCUCGGCAUCUACUACAAAAGCAGCCAAGCGGGGGAAACCAUCCAAGCCAGUCAAAUCUACCAAGAGCCUCAACUCAAAGAAGGAGAAGAAGUCUAGCGCGGAAGACUCGCGACCGACGUACGAUGACGAGAGCGAGACAGAGGAUUCAGAAGCAAAAGUCUCCGACUACGAGGCAGACCACAAGCUCAAGAAAAGGAAGCGGACUUCAGCUUCCAGUAAGCGCGACAAGCUCAAGGAGCUCUCCGAGAGGCGCAAAGCGAAAGCGGCGGGUAGAAGCGGGCGCCGGAGAGGCUCCGAGAGCGAUGAGGAUGAAGGGAUUCGCCGGAAGAAGCGCGGUGGGGAUUCAGACUACUACACGGACAGCGACGAUAGCGAGGAUGGUCACAACACCAGAAGGAGAGGAAAGGGCCGGCAUGGUUCCGAGGAGGAGUCUGAUCGGGAGGAGAGCGACGAGCCGCCGCCUUUGGACGCCCUUCGGAACUCGCAGAUCAACCGUAAUACGAUCGUCAAAAUCAUGCAUCGGCCCGGUUGGGAGAAGGCAUUAACACAUCACUUCAUCCGCUUUGCAUGGGGUCCUCGAAAGGACGAGAAGGGCCGGAGUGUCCUCGACCGCCAUGGCCGAGUAGAGGAAGUCUUUCGGAUCCAUGAAAUUGAAGGGACCUCGCGAGAUGAGGAGCACUAUUACCAGCUCGACGAAGGCAAGGCUACGAAUGUCCACAUCAAGAUCCGCUUGUUCGGUAAGAUCAAAACAAUGGACAUGCGCUUCAUCUCGAAUCAGGUCUUUUCAGAAAAAGAAUAUGAUCGCUGGGUAGCUGUGCAAACGGAAGGCAAAUUCUCAUUUCCGUCUAAGUCGGCAUUGGAGAGGAAACAACACUCUAUGCGCGAUUUUUUGGACCACGAUAUGACGAGCGAGGACGUGCGGCUGUUGCUCAAAGAAAAGAAAGAGGCUCUGGCAACAUAUAAGGCAUCGCGUGGUGUAAUUGAGCGGCAAGCGCCUCCUCCCUCUUCUUCCGGCUCUACAUCUGCGAACAGGACGCCCUCCGGCGAUCGGUCGCAAGGUCAAGGCGCGCGCUCGAAUAAUGGUGCUUUUCAAGGACGCUCUGGCGAGGGUACAAAGGGGCUGGUGGAUCUUGGCUUGAAAAAUCGGAUGGAGCAGCAGCGGCACAUGCUGGAACUUGAAAGACGCAAAACGGCAGCGAGGCGCGCGUUGCAGACCGGCAGCCAGGGCACAAACACGCCGAUUAAGGGUCAAAGUGGCGAGAACACUCCGGGUCAUGCCACACCCUCGGCCUCUCAGGCAAACGGCGGUGGCGGUGCUGCCGCAGCCGCGAGCGGUGCCACCGCAGCUCCCAGUUCGGCGGAUGUGGUCGCUUCCAAGCUGGAGGCUAUCGGGAAGGCAGAGUUGGCAUCGUCUGCGGUGAUGCAAGUGGAAGUUGAUCUAGGCGACUUCUAAUCUAGUAGCCUGUUCUGUGGCCAUUGCUCUGCUAAUUACCCAGCUGGUGCACCCGCAAGGUCAUCCACCUCUGCGCAUGUAUCCUUCUAUCACUGCUGGAAACCUUCUACAUUAUCACAGAUCCCUCCCCCUCCCCCAACCUUCUUAGCCCUUCAACUUCUGCUCAAUACUUACCAUGAACCGGAAUAGACUGAUCGCUGUCCCUUUCACUCCCUUAGACUAGGCUGGCAAAUGGAGAGCCGGGUGAAUAGAUUCUUCAAGCAGCAAUGUCCGCAAAAGCCGCAAUGUACAUAUGUCUACCGUCCUGCAGAAGCGCACUGUGCAAAGCUGCGACUUGCAGGACGCAAUGCCAAGUCUGAC